GCAUCCAUGAGAACCUCUCUCUCUCUCUCUCUCUCUCUCUCUCUCUCUCUCGAUAUGAUCAGUAUUUUGCGGGAAAAGAAAGAAAACAGAUCAAGGGAUAGGGAAAUUAAUUGAGAAAGGAAGGAAGGAAGGAAAUGGCGGGGGGAUUGCUGUUGGAAAAUAGCACGAAGCCGCGAGGCAACGGGAAUACAACAGAUGAAAGUUGCAGGGUAAUACUGGGCAUCAAUGUUCCAAACAUAGCCCUCUACAUGUUGUUCAUCUUCUUCACCCUUUUCUUGUGCAAUGGCAUGUACACCCUCUUAAGGCCCUUUUCCCAGCCUCGCUUCAUCCCCGAAUUCAUCGUAGGUUUCUGUCUUUCAAACUUGCCAUUCGUACGGCGAAAUAUCAGUGCCCCGGAUAUACUCCAAACCCUGAAGUACAUAGCUGACUUUGGCAUGGUUUGCCAUAUGUUUGUGUUAGGCUUGGAAAUUGAUCACAAAAUCUUCCUAAAUCCUCCAGUCCGCGAGACCAAAGCUGCCUGCACCGGCAUGCUCUCCACCUUCAUCUUAGCCCUCAUAUUCACUCCCUUCCUCCAUGUGGUUCCUCAUGCCGCUUCAAGCACGAAAUUCAACCUCUCUCUCUCCAUAGUCCUCUCUGGCACCGCCUCCCCCCUCCUGACGCGGCUCAUCACCGACCUCAAGAUUGGGAAAUCUGACAUAGGGAGGUUCGUUGUUUCAACCGGAGUAAUAUCCGACCUGGUCUCCACCCUCCUCCUGUCGUUGGGAUUCAUCAUUUUCAACCCCACGACAGGCUACGAGCUCCGAGACUCAAUAACAAUCCUAAAAAUGAUCUCAGUCCUGGUGAUCGAAACAGUGAUAGCAGCUCAAUUAUCACCACUAAUCAUGAACUGGGUGAAUAGCCAAAACCCAGAAGGCAAACCAAUGAAAGGCUCUCACCUGAUCCUAUCUGUAGCAUACGUGGUCUCGGUUUGCAGCUGUUCCUCCACACUAUUCUCGUACAACUCCAUACUCAGCGCAUUUCUGGCCGGGCUUUUCAUGCCGCGGGAAGGGAGGAUAUCCAAGAUGAUGAUCAGCAAAGUGAAUUACUUCCUGACUACCAUUUUCUACCCGGUUUUGUUCGUUUGGGUUGGAGUUGAGGCUGAUCUGACCAAGUUUGACGGUGAUCAUCUGGGGCCAUGGGCAAGGCUGUUCUUCCUCUUCGUGAUUGCAACGGUUGGGAAGGUGGCUGGGACUCUGGUUUCUGGGGUGAUGUUGGGGUUUCACUGGCCGGAAGCGGUUGCCAUUGGGCUGCUGCUGAAUAUCAAGGGCCAUUUUCAUGUGUAUUUGGCCAUCACUGCUGCCGAAAACAAGAUCACCACAACAUCCACAAGCAUGUCAAUCCUCUUCGCAAUCUUCCUCACCGUCAUCUACACCCCACUAGUCGUCGCCAAUAUCAUCGACCGCGCCCGGAAACGCAGCCCGACCCAACGCAUGGCGCUCCAGUGGCACGACCCGUCAACCGAGCUGCGAAUCCUCCUCUGCCUCCGCGGCUCACAAAACCUCCGGUCCGCAAUCAACUUCAUCGAGAUCUCCCGGGGCAUGCCCGACCCAGGUAUCUCCGUCUACGUCACCGACAUGGUGGAGCUGACGGACAAGAUAGCGGCGACGCUGGUGCACGGCGGGGACGGGGCGGUGGCGGUGAUGGACGCGGGGGUGGUGGAGAUGAGGGAGGAGGUGACGAGGGCGGUGGAGGGGUACGUGGCGGCGGCGGAGGAGGGAGGAGGUGGGGUCGGGGUGAAGAGGAUGGUGGCGGUGGCGACCAUGAACAACAUGCACCAGGACGUGUGUAUACUGGCGGAGGAUUUGAUGGUGUCUUUGAUUGUGAUGCCGUUCCAUAAGGAGGAGCAGGCGGGGGACGGGCGGCUCGGGGUCGGGCAUUCCGGGUUCCGCCACGUCAACCGGAAGGUUCUUCGCCACGCCCCCUGCUCCGUGGGGAUACUAGUAGACCGGGGGCUUGGAUCGAUCGCCAAUAUAUCAAGAUCGACGGUCUCCCUCAACGUGGCCGUGAUCUUUAUCGGCGGCAAAGACGACCGCGAGGUUCUGGCUUACGCUGGUCGCAUGGCGCGCCACACCGGAGUAAAGCUCACGGUCAUAAGAUUCCUACUGGAAGCCAAUUCAGAAAACGCUUCGACCUCGGCGAGGCCCGGUAGGCCCAAGGUGAACACCCCGGAGCAGGAGGAAGAAAUGAGGCUCGACGACGAGUGCUUCACGGAUUUCUACGACCGCCACGUGGCGAGAGGGCGCGUGGCGUACAUGGAGAAGUACCUCGUCAACUCUGGACAGACGUUUGCGACCCUGAGAGCCAUGGAAGGGCAGUACGGGCUCUUUAUCGUGGGGCGGGGAGGGAGGGUGAACUCGGUUUUAACCGUGGGGAUGAACGACUGGGAGGAGUGUCCGGAGCUGGGUCCUAUCGGGGAUAUCCUCUCGGCUUCUGAUUUCUCGGUUACGGCCUCGGUGCUGAUUGUUCAACAACAUAGUCUCAGAGGGGAGCUGGCUGGCCUAGAUGAUGAAUUUUCAAUCAUGUGACGUGUAGUUUUAGAAACAUGUUUGAUUCUAGUUGUGACUAAACAGAAUAAAUAGGAGUUGGUAAGGAACGUGAAUGAAACCUAGUAGUAGAGUUGAAUGGAAGGUAGUUGACGUACAACAAGCAAGAAGUGGUUUUUCUUGAUCGGUGUCGCUGACCUCUACCAAUAAUUUCAGCAAAAGAGUUCGGAUAUCAAUACAUAUCUCACGGAUAUUAAUACAUUUUUUAAUUA